AUGGUAUCAGAGCCGCCGAGACGAUUCUCAUACGCAGCCGCCGUCUCCGGCGAAGGAAGCCAUGAGAGGAACACAGCGUCACCUCUCAUCCGAUCACCAGCUCGCAACGCUACAUCAGCUCCGCAGAGGAACUCUAAUCUACAGACGCAGAGAAACUACGGCACAGAGGAUAUGGAGAAUCCGCUGUUUCUCAGCGUGAACGAGAACCCCUCUGCGAUCCUCGUUAGUCCCCCAUUAGUAGGCAGCUCCAACUACACUUCUUGGUGUAUCUCGAUGCGGAUCGCCUUGGAAGUGAAGAACAAAUGGUGGAUCGUCAACGGCAGCGAUUCAACUCCGAGCAGAGAAAGCAUCCAGUAUGCGGCUUGGAGACGCUGUAAUCUUAUAGUGUGCUCCUGGAUCUUCAAGUCAAUCCACACCUCCAUAGCUCAAAGCGUUAUGCAUUUGGACAAAGCGCGAGAUGUCUGGGAAGAUCUGAGAAAGAGAUUCGCACAAUGCGAUGCACAACGGAUCUCAACCUUACAGAAUGAGAUCAACAAUCUGAAACAAGGUAACCUAUCUGUGAGCGAUUACUAUACUAAAUGCAGGACCAUGUGGGAGGAGAUGAAUAUCUUGAGGCCUCUCCCAAUAUGCAAGUGCGAUCCAAGAUGCGAUUGCGGUCUCGUUGAUGAAAUUAGAAGAGAACGGGACGUGGAUCAGUUGAUAAGAUUCCUCCAAGGAUUGAAAGAUGACUUCAAUAGCUUGAAGUCUAAUGUUCUUGUCCUCGAUCCAUUGCCGGAAGUAUACAAAGUUUAUGUGAUGGCAGAGAAGGUGGAACGACAGAUUGGCAUGACUAACAUGAACAUGAGCAGUUUGGAAGUUGGCCAAGCUAAUGCUGUCCAGAUGAAUAACAUACCAGCAGAGGAGAUUGUGGCUACUGUCAACAACUAUAAUGGCAAACGAUACACAAAUAAUGGAGGUAACAAACCAAAAUGUGUUUUCUGUGGAAUGAUGGGGCACACCAUUGACAAAUGCUACAAAAAGCAUGGCUAUCCCCCCGGUUGGGUGCCAGGCUUCAAAUCCAAAAUGAAACAACAAACUGCUGCACCAGUGAUGACUGAUUGGGCUUCAUGUUGA